GAAAAAAAAGAAAUAUAUGUGUUUGUCAUUGUUGUUAAAAUAUUUUAAAGAGUCCAUGUGUGAAAAAAAUGUGUUGGAAUAUCUUUUUUACUGCUUCUUUCAAAAUGACGACUUUUUCAUGUUCAGUUUGUACGAGCUAAUAAAGCAAUGCAUUAAACACAUAUUUGUGCACGCGAAGGAUAAGCAUUUGUUGUAUUACAUUUUUUUAAAGAACAUAUUAAUAACUGAUAACUUUUGCAUGAAGACUUUCUACAUAAAAAAAUUUAUCGAGUUGUUUUACAAGCAUGAUAGUAAUUAUGUGUACUUUGUUUUGAAUAAGGAGUAUUCUGACUUGCGAAAAUAUUUUGAUAUGCCCCUCGAGGAGGAGCAAGAAGGAAGAUGCAUCCAAGCAGAUCGAACAAAACCUGGACCAAACAACGUAAACAGUUUUAUUAGCGUGAGCAGCGUGAACAGUGUGAAGAGUUCCAAGGAAAUGACAAGCAGACGUUAUUUUUUAUUUUUAAUGAAGCAAUUGUUGGAGAAAAAAGACGUAGACGAAAUUGCGUACAACUGUGUUGUGGACCAAAUGGAGGAUAACAUCUUCCUGAAUUACAAGAUUGUGAAACCUGGAGCGAACGUGUUGGAGAAAAAUGCCCCUAAUAUGAAAGGGAAGACGCUGGAAAAAAAGUUUUUGAUUUACAAUUUUCACUCUUUAGAAAAUAUCGCCUUCUUAGAGCUGUACACAUUAUGCACUUUGCGAAAGUACGAAUCCAUCGAAGUGGUAAAUUACAAAGGUGACUACUUCUAUCAGCUCAGGAAGAAUGUUUUGCUAAAUGUGAAAAUUUUAAACAACUUUUUUUACUUCUCGAAUGACGAACUUGUGCUGUCCAUUUUGUCCUUCAUUUGCGAAAACAAAUAUUUGAACCUCUGUGAUUUGUAUCUAUUCCGCACCUUUUUAAUCACCUCCAUAACGAAUAUUUCGAGGACGAGUCGGGAUGCCUACAGGAAGUACAUUCUUCUGUUUUUCGAGAAGUUUUUUAUAUAUUACCAGAGGAUGGUCGAGAUGGAUAAGCGGAGGGGCUACAACAUCGAGCCGGGGAAGGAAAAAAAAAUACAUGGGGAGGAUAUUCUCCAUAUGGAGAGAAAUUGCCAAGUGGGAGGAGCACACCUCGAGGGGGAUAUAAACAUAGGUGCAACCCAUGUGGAUAAACACUCAUUUGAAGUCCAAAAAGUUCUUUCCUUUCUGUAUGGAAAUGUUGACGUACUGCGAGAAGACCCGUUUUGCGAUUCACAAAAGUACGUUUACUCGACCUGCAUAUUUCAUUCUGCUGACGAAAAAAAAGUAGACCACAGGAAGGGGAUAUUCCUAUACAAUUACUACCUCAUGAAUAUCUUUUUUAUUCUGUUUAAGAACACUAAUAAAGACAUGGGCAUCGAAGCAACUGUGUACUGCUCGGACAUACUAAACACGGUAGUGGAUUAUUGCGCACAUUUCGAAAAUUUAAAUUUUUUUUUUUUCCUAUUCAAUGCCAAAACGACAUGGAAGGAAUUUUACCUAAUAUCGAAAGAGAUCUUUUUCAAAACUGUGAAUAUAAUUUUGCUAAAAAGAGAAAGCUUUGCCUGCUUAAAUAAUGCAUUCAUUCCAUUAGUAAAAUCGCACAGACAGGUGGACCAUUCGUUUUACGCCUUCUUACUAAGAUUAUGCUUCAUUUCGUUAAAUCAUCGCAGGGAGGUGAACAAGAGGGAAGACGGAAUGGUCACCCACCUUCUCACUCCCACAAGUAGUGAUAACCAUGAGGUAUACGAACGGGUAAAUAAUAUGCGCCGGUACCCGAAUAGGGAUGGUGCCCCCCCAUGUGACUUUUUCAGUUGUCUCAUUAAAUGGAGCAACAUUGAACAUAUAAAGGAGGACAACAGAUAUUUAAUAAAUUACGUAAACUAUCUAUUCGGUGAUAGCGGCGAUAGAGUCCAGAACGGUGAGAACGGUGAGAAUUGUGAGAACCGUGAGAGCGGCGCGACGAUAAACAUCCCAUUGUACAUAUUCGAAAGUUUUAUUAACAAACUUAAAAGAGAAAAUAUCGUAAAAUUAACCAAACACGAGGACGUAGAAAAUUGCGAAAUGUAUAAAUUGGCGUACUACAUAAACGAGUUUAUUUUGUACCUUAAGGACAACAUGGAUUUCAGCAAAGACAUAGAGAGGGAAGCGUUUAGGAAGCACUUCUGCGAAAUUAGCUUGUGCAGUUCGAACACAUAUUUGAAUUUCGAGCAAUAUAAGCUGUUCCGUGUUCCGAGCGAGGAGGUUGAAUCGUCCGAUGGCUGCCACUUAAUAUUGUUAAAAGUCUACAUCUGCAACGUACUGCACCAUUUUAUCAGUUAUUUGAACUUCCUAUUUUUGAAUGAGUCGAAGAGCUUUUUUUUCGACUGCAGAGGACACCUAAUUUUUGAGGACGAAAGUGAGAAGGAAGCAACGUCUAUUGUCAUUUGGUUGUCUAUCAAGUACAUAUGCAUUUUGUUCACUUCCAUCGUUGACUUUUCCUUUAAAUUUAAUAUUACCACUUCUGAGGGAAGUGACAACCGGGGGAGACACCACCAAUCCGCGUUAGAAAAUUGCGACUCGAAAUGUGAAAGUACAAGGGAUGCAAACUAUGGCAGUGGAAAGAAAAACAUUUCUUUGUUCUUUUUUCACAGUACAGAAAUUCAUCUGAUCAUUCAGAACCUUCUGUGUCUGCUGCUGCACUCCAAGCAUAUAGCAUGCCAGCAGUAUCUGUCGGAUUGCCUGCUGGAUGUCUGCAGAAUUAUAGUCAUGAGGAGUGGCGAGAGUAUGCAAACCAUUCCGUUGUUCUACGUGUACAUCAUUUUGCUUAUUUUUAAAAAGGAGGGGGGGGAAUCGAAAUGUACGGGGGAAUCGAAAUGUUCGGGGGAAGAUGGCAAGCAAGUGGACAAAGCUCCCGAGGGGCGCGGCCAUAUGGCUUCGGACGAGCCCGUCUCGAACGAAAACCCAGAGGACGCAGAACCCAACUUUGAGUUCCUAACGGGAAUUAUCAGCCGACUGAACAAAAUGCUCACGGCGAAGGAGGAAAACAAUGUGGACGUAAGUGACAUUUUAUCCGCACAUUUUUUAAAAGGCAAAUUUACGCCCCCCAAAUGGGAGCCGCAUGAUCAUCCCGUAGUUCAAAACGCCACCCAAAGGGGAAGCGGUGAACCCAAGUGUGCGACAACUCCCCAUGCGAAUCAUAACUUCAAGCUAAAUGACAAACUAAACAUGCUCAUUUGGGAUGAUCAGCGAAUUAACACAAAUUUUCUGAGAAAGUCGAGUAACAUGUGCCUAGCGCUGAGCUCUUUGGCCAAGUCGUAUAAAGCAAAAGAGCAGUACAUCAUAUACAAUUUUGUCAUAAAAAUUAUAAUCAAUUAUUUGCUUAACGGAAAUAAUAAGUAUAAAAAGGUCAUUUGUGUGAACAUUAUAAAACAUAUAUACACCAUUAUUGAUAAUAAAACGCUUUAUGAGUACAUGAAUGAUAUUUACAAAAUAGCUUUAAUUUACUACAAGAGUAAAUUUUUUUGUUUGAAAAGUUCAAGUACAUCACUGUACAACAUUUUAACCAAACGUCUGUUGGCCAAGCUGAAUUACUCCUACCAUGUGUCGUCCAAUAUGUAUUAUUUCUGUACGGGCAGCAAAAGAAGAAUAUUUAAAAACAUCAAUUUGACUUUUUUUGAUUUAUUAAAUUCGGUCAAUUUGUUAAAGAUAUUUUUAAAUGUAUUUAUAAAAAAGGGCAAAUUUUUAAAUGCACAUGAUUUUAGCAAAAAUGAAUGUAAACCCUUUUUUAACUAUUCCAAUUUUUAUGCCCAAUUUAUCCCCAUUUUGAUAUUUCUGUCAAAUAUUAUCAUUUUUAACAAUGACGAUUAUUUCUUACUAAGAAAUGUGAAGGGGGAUUUGCAGGCUGCGCAUAGCGCACACCAGUUUUCGCCACAUAGUGCCUCUCCGAUGGACACAGGGGGGCAAACUGUAGAAGAAAGUGACAGCCCUAGAGAUCUGCAAGAAGAGGGGGAAAACGCAGAAUGGGCAGAAGCUCCUAAGGGUAAUCACCCCUCGAACGAUCCAGGUGGGGAAAAUCAAACCCAAAUAAGCAACAUGAACAUAUACUUCCUUUUUGUGAAACAUCUGAAAAAGUUACUCACCUAUGGCAACUACUUCGUCCAAGUGCUCAUUUGCAGAAUAAUCGUCAAUGUGUAUAUGCACAUAUACCUAAAGCUGAAGAAAGAAAACCUGAUUUUUAACUUUUUAAACAAAAUUGUAAUAAACGCCAUGGAAGAGCAUAAUAAAAAUUGCUAUCUGCUUCUCUUCAUAGAAUUUGUGAGGAGGAAGGAGUCCAAAACGUUAGUAGAGGAAAAUAAAAAAAAGUUCAGAAAAAUAUUCUUCCAGUUUUUAUUCCUAUUUGUGAGAACCGAAAGGUAUGUAGAGGUUUUGCUAAUUUUGCAAAUAUUAAAUAUCCUGUAUAGUAAGAUAUCCAUUUCAUUGGACCAAAAUGUUGUGGCUCUCCUGUUUAGACGAUUGACACUAUAUCAGGAUGACAUGUUCAUAUCCGUUUUGGUGAAUGAACUGCUGAUGAAGAUAACUAAGCGGGUUGAAAAUUUUGUUGCCCUUCUGGACAUAUACGCAUCGAGUAAGAACGAGAGGCACAUAGAGUCGUUCCUCUACAACUGGUUUUUGCACACAAAAAAGAGGCACAAGAAGGAGUUUCAAAUAAGGGAGAAGCAGCUCGGCGAAUUGUCAAAUUAUAGUUCUUUUAAGUUUUUCUCUGAAUGUGAUAAAAAGGGGGUGAGCACUCCCCUGGGUGAUGAAUGGUUAGAUGGGACUAAACGAAGUGCCUCGGGCGAUAGUGAAGGAGAGGUCCAUGGAGGGGACGGUAAAACGGACGAAUCGGUGGACAAAUCGGUGGACGAAUCGGUGGACGAAUCGGUGGAUGAAAGGAUGUACAUCUACCUGUACCUUUUACUUUUCCAAAUAGCCCACACGUAUAAGGACAACAUAAAAAUUAACAAGUACUGCUUCAGUAUCCUGUUGACAAUUGUAAAUUUUAUAUCCAUUGAAAAUUUGUUCUUGUUCGAGCGUAUGCAGCAGUAUUACAUGGAACACGUUAAACAGAACUACCUAGACAAGUACAUCAUUUCGUAUAGCUACCUUAUAUGCGUGAAAUAUUUAUCCAUUGCGCAGAAGGCAGAAGGUAAGAAGAGUCAGAAGGAGCGCAGCGAACCUGGCAACAGAUUUAUCGAAGCGAUUUACAACUUUAUCGACAGAGAGAAGGAGCGCAUUGCUUCAUCUCGCAAUUGUAACUCGAAGGAAUCUCUUUUCAACUAUGCAUACUUUUACUUUCUCCUUUUUCUAAAUUUGCUGUCCCGUCUGUGUAACAAAAAUUCGGUGACGUAUACGAAAUAUUUUGUGAAGGCCUUCAUGAACUACGGAAUUGUUGAAUAUCACUACGAUCGUCUAGAGGAGGAGGAAGCAAAAAUGAAAAAUCUCAACGCAGGUGGAAGUGAUGAUAUUGGGAAAGAUGUCACGGUGCCCAAGGGAGGAGAAACGCAUUCUUCACUUGACUACCCUACCGGAGAUGAUUUACCAAAUUGGAGCACCAGAAAUGGAGCGAAAAAAAAUAACAAAAAUGAAAUGUUCCAUGUGACACAAUUUUCGAAGAAUAAUUAUCCCCCUGAAGGUACCCCCCAAGUGAAUACCCCAAAUUAUACGCUACCCACGGAAGAGGGUAAAACCCGCAAUGAGCAAACAACUGCGUACACAAAAUACAAAGAAUGGUAUAAGACAGAUUUGAACCAGUGGAUAACGCAGGUAGUGAAAAACAAAGUGAGGAACCAAAAUAUUACAUUCGAUGUUGUGUAUGUCAAAAAUCCACUGAAGCAUCUGAGAGGGCAUAACUUGUUUACCGCCUUCUUUGUGGCACUUUACUCUUGCCUGAUAUUUAUGAUAAAUGAUGAAAACGAACUGAUAAGGUACAAGGCCAAAAUUGUAGUGUUGCACAUGAUGAGGAAGAACACGUUAAAUGUGUAUCGAACUAUGAAAGACAUAAUAUGUGUUGAGUUCUUCAUUUAUUACCUUUCCAAGUGGCACCAACAUCUGGCCCUACACGUAUUAACCUUUUGUAUAUGCCAAACGAAGAGCUGCAUUAGAGAUAGCUUCUAUUACAACCCUGUUAAAUUAUUUGAUCAGGAAAAGUACAAUUUGUAUAUUAACAAUGUGUUACUGAACCAUUUGUUUGUAUUUUAUUAUCUAUUUAAUAUCAGUGCUAUUUACGCGGGGGGAAAUCCGAGAGGGGGGAUUACCGACUUUUACCGCUUCGUCGACACGUUAGGUGGCCAAAAAAAGGACGCCUUCGUGAGAAAUGUAAACGUUGAAAAUACAGCCCCGAUUCUUUCGAAGGAGGAAACCAGUUUGGAUGGACAUGAUUUAUACGUGUUGAAAAAUAGUGCCGUUUGGGAAAAGGUACUGGAAAGAUUAGUCCGUAAGCGUGUCUUUUGUACGGAGUGCCAUACUUUGGGUGAUAAAGCGGAAGGACCCCCUAGUACCUCCUGCUUGGUAUCAUGCAGGAAAAUGCUGGUGACUUCCUACAUGGAAACCUUUCUAAUAUUCCUACGAAUGGGCUACAUCGCAGAUAUUAAGAAGAGCCUAGACUAUUAUUCGCACCUCCUACGGUCCUACAAAAAUGUGGACCUUUUUGAUUCCAAUUUUGUCAUUUGCUGGAGCAACCUGUUCAACAAAAUAAUUAUUCUUCUAAUCAACAUAUUCAUUUUUUUUCAAAAAAGUAUAUCCCUAUAUUACAACAGUUAUUUUUACGAAGAAAUAAAUAUGAUUAAGUCGAAGACCGCGUCAAUUUAUGGCACCUUCAAAUUGGUAAGAUAUGAAAUGAAUCCGUUUUUACUGAAAACUAUGGAGCUUCUGUUAUCCAUCAUGGGCACUGCCUUUUUAAAAAACGGCAACUUCUUUUCAGAUAUAUACACGUUGUUAUACUCUUUGAAGAGUUCCGUUUAG